CACGCGUACCAAUCGUGCGAAAAACUGGAGUCACGCCUUCAUGGUCAGGAGGAGACAACCUAGGGAGCGGCUCCCGUGGCCGUUAAUGGCACCGCGAGAAGGAAGAGAAGAACACCUCUCCUCCUUGUUCCCUCCGGUCCCGUCCUUCCAAUUCCAAACCCUAGACACCCCUAUCGCCACCUCUCUAGGGUUAGGGCUGGGGAUUGGAUUGGGGUUUCUCCUCUUCACCCGAUCCCGAUCCAUCAAACCCCUCUCCACCGUCAUCAAGGUCGCCGACAGCGCCAUCAAGGGCGCCAAAGCCCUCCAGGAUCUCCACUCCCCCUCCCCUAAAGCGAUCCUCUUCGCCUCCAAGGCCUUGAUCAAGGGCUACAAAGCUUCGAAGCGCUUCAUUCCAGCCGGAACCAACCCCGAAAUCCAUCCCCUCACCGCCAAGAGGCUCAGAGCUUAUUUGAGCGCCAUCAAUUUGGUCAGAUUUGCAACCUCACCGCUUUACGCUGGUGGAUUUCUGGGGUUGGAGCUCCUGAAAGGUGGCUACAAGCUCUCCAAGAAUUACUUAAAAGUUCUCGAAGGGUUUGUGGGCUUGCAAUUGGAUUCGGCUCUCAAGAAUGGCGUCGAUACCUUGGGUUUGCUGGUUAGGGUUGUGUUUGUUGCAAGAGAGCUCAAGCAAUGGAUUGUGAUCGGAUGGCCGAGAAGGAGGCGGCACGAGUGUGGCUUCGCGCGACGCAUCAAUACGAGGUAUGGGGCUUGUUUGUGUUGUGAAAGAACGAAUUUUGACAGUGAUUGUAGAUAUGUGAGAGGUUUUCCUGUAGAGAAUUUUCCUAAAUUGGAGAGAGCAGUGAUUAGUGAAAUUCCUUCGGAGUUUUGUAUUUCUGAACUGCUGUGCUUGUCUAUUCCUAUACAUGAGGUGAUUCCAAUGAAUUUACUGUAGUUAUUGUAAAAAUUCCUAGUUGUUUGCAUGCA